GGUCAGGUUCAGAGAUGAGUCGUGGGUUUCUGGCAUCAGUGGGUACACUUCACCCCAUAGAGCCACCUCUCCUCAGUAAGGAAAGGCAAGUCUGAUGUCCCUCACUACUCUGAAUCCACUAUGGUGAGUGUCUUAGUCUCUCUCCGCAGUUCUCCCUGUCCCUUGUUUCUCUUUCCCCAGUCCUGACAGUGCCGUAGGUGUUCUGGGAGGCCUUGGAGUGUAUGUGUAGAGGAGGGAACAUUUCUCCUGCCCCCUGGAUGGAUGUAGGAAGAAGGGCAAGUCAGUUCCUCGGAUCCUGGGUUCAAAACCAGUGAGGAGUUUGUCCACGUUCCCAGGACUUUCUGAGCAAUGUGACAGAUGGGGUUUCCAGGACCUUACAGGACCUAUGGCGACCGCCACCGGAGAGAAUACAGCACUAGCCAUUUCUCCAAACAUCUACCUCUUGACCGGACAAAUUCCCAAACUAGAUUAGACCCCAAGUUGUCAGAAGCCACAUUCUGCACAGUGGUGAAGUAGGCCUGCCUUUCGAGGCCUCGGGGGCCCGGGAGCCUUAGGAAUAACCCUCAGCUGUGAGUAGGUCAGGAUUUCUCUCUCAUGGAAAGCAAGUCCAUCAGAGAGGGCUCCAGGCUCUGCUGUGCAGGGGACAUUGAACUGGAUCCUGAGAGCUAAUUUCUCACUUCUCUUGCUGCUCGUCCAAACACCUUACAUGGGUGACCUGCGGCCCACUCUGUGGAAAGCAUGGACACAAUUGGCAUUAGCAAGCAAUAUCAGAGCCUGCUUGCCUUCUGUCCUUCCUUCCUUUUUCUCCCCCAGGGAAUGAGUCUGGUGAUUGUGUGCCUUCCCCACAGUCCUCAGAGACACAGUUAUUUCUCCCUUCACCUCAGUCGUCACAGUCUCCUCACACCAAGAUGGCUGCUGGAGUUCCAGCCAUUGUAUCUGUUGAAGCUCUUGCUCUCAUCAAGCAUGCUGCCCCCAUCUCUUGUUAUCCAUGGCUAUCUUCAGGCCCGUGUGCCUUCCUCUGAGUAGGACUUUCCCAGGCACAGCAUCUAAACUGGCCGGCUCGUCACAUGCUCUGCCUUCUUUUCCAGAUCAUGGAUCACGUUGGUCUUUCCCUCUCUGGUUGCCUUUUUUUCCUGUUUCUGGUCAGUCUUGCUCACUGGACUGGAGGAUCCCUGUGGGCAGAAACUGCAUCUGCCUUGUUCUCUGUUGUAUCUCCAGAACUCAACGGUGUCCCUUUCAUUGUAGCUGCUCAAUAAACUCACGGUGAAUGAGGGAGCGGCAGCAGCAAAGGCCAUUCUGUGUGCUCCAGUCCUCAGUUACUGUGAUACCGGGGCCGUUUCCUUGUGUCAGUGCUAAGGCUGUGGGAUGAGUCGGACCGGUUAUUUGUUGAGUAUCCUCCCUGCUCUGACAAGAUGGGAGGUAAAAGUAGGAACCAGCUGGAUGGUGGUGGUGGUGCAUACCUUUAAUCCCAGCACUUCAGAGGAAGAGGCAGACAGAUCUCUUAAUUUGAGGCCAGUCUGGUCUACAGAGAAAGUUCCAGGACAGCCAGGGCUACACAGAGAAACCCUGUAACAAAAUGGAAAAAAAAAAAAAAGGAACUGGCACCUCAACCUGUCUGGCAUCACCUGGCCUAGGUUGACUAGAGUCCCCGGGAAUUGUUCGGGUUCUGUUUUUCUGAAAAUUCUCUCACAGAGCCCCUUCCUGGAGCCCUAACUAGUACCAGAUAGCCCCUGGGCGCAGACCACAGAGAGAGAUAAGGACCUACCCUGAUGAACCUAAGGGCUAAUAUGGGAAGGGCAACCCUCACCUACUGUACAGAGGCUAGAGGCUCAGUAAGUGCAGACAGCUGGACUCUGUUGGGGACCACCCACCUCUACCCGGAUUUGUUGAUAAAUAAACAGGCCCCACCAUGUGCUAGUACCACUCUGGGCAGUAAGAAUCCAGGAAGACAUAACAGCAAACCAACCACACAGGAUUCCCACUCAUAAAAGUCCUGUCCCAGUGAGGGAGAUAAGCAAUACACACACAAGCUGUUGACGAGUUUGGUCCCUUCUGUCAGGGAAUGGUACAGCGAAGACCCCAGGGUUGUGUAAGGGAGGUGCCUCUGUCUGUGGGGCGGUCAGACAAGACUCCAGCUAAGUGAAUGCUACAAAGCCCAAGCAAACAGUGAGUGCAAAGUCCCGAGGCUGGAGGGUUGUGACUCCCCUGUGGUGUGCUGGCCUAGCAUGCACAAGGCUGGGGGUUCCACCCCUGUACUACCACCACCGGAGUAAUGUCCCCAGUGUUGAGCCUGCUCUGGAUGAUGGAAGGGAGCCAUUUUGGCUGGAUGGGAGCAAGAAGGGAGGAUGGUGAAGACAGUUGUAGAAGCUAAGGGCAGGGGAAGGUGCUGCAAGGUUGACGUAGGUACUAAAUACCUCAGUGGUCAACAGGAAUAAUUCCCAGUGCAAUAUUUUUUCAAACAAAAUUAAUGCCAGAAAAUAUCAAUAUUUUAAGCAAGGCCAUCACAAGUGUCCUAUUGAGCCAAAUGGAACUCCAGACAGAGGGAAAAAAUCACAAUACUGAACCUGGGUUUGGUCCGAGGAUGAGGCAUUUGGAUGUGCGUGUGCGUAAGUGUGUGUGUGUGUGUGUGUGUGUGUGUGUGCACACGCGCGCACACGCAUGUGCACAUGGAGACCAGAGGUCAAUCCUGUCAAUCCUCAGCAGCAGUCCACCUUUGAAAAAAGUUUAAUUACCUUUGUUAUUAUUCUUUUUAAUAUUUCUUUAAAUUUUUAUUUUAUGUAUAUGAGGGUUUGCCUGCAUGCAUAUCUGCGUACCGCAUGCCUGUGCAGUGGCCACAGAGGCCAGAAGAGGACAUCUCAACCUAUAAACUGAAGUUACAGACUGUGGCAAGCCACUUUGUGGGACUCGGACUGAGUCUAGUGCCUCGACGAGAGCAGCAGGUUCUCUUCACAGCUCAGUCCUCUCUCCAGCCUUCAACCUUAAAAAAAAAAAAAAGAAAAAAAAAAGAAAAGAUCUCUUGUUGGCCUUAGGGCUCACCGACUAGGUUGGGCUCACUGGCCAGUGAGGCCCAGGGCCCCCUUGCCCCAUUUCUAGUGCCGCGGUUACAAUCCUCUGCUGCCACCGCUAGCUUUGUACCUUUGUACCUCAGGGCUGGAGAUCAAACCCAGGACCUCAUGCCCGCACGGCAAGUACUUUAGUGACGAGUGUCUUCCGGUCCUCAGUCCUGUUUUCAGUUUGAAAGGUGAUAUCUUGUCUGCCUGGAUUUGUUGCCAUGGAUCUUCUUAGAUGUCAUCCUUGUAGAAAUAUGUCACCUGGCUUUAAGCUUGUUGACUCUGGCUCACAGUGCUGACCCUAACCAGUGUGCACUGGGUGUAUGUUUGGAGCCAGGUUCUUGACCUCUUUGUAUGCUUUUUUCCUCUUGAGAAUGGGGGUGCAGUAGCAUUACAGAAAGGCUCAGUGACUUGGUACCAGCCAAGGCUGAAAGCAGGGUUCAACCCGGCGGGCAGAGACUUAGGCAGUGAGUCUGUGCUGUGGGCAGUGCUAGGUCCCUAUCAGAGUGCCACAUGGGUGCCAGCCAGCAGCUAAGGCGCAGGGCGAGGGAGGGUAUGAAGAGAUUGCUUGACAUCAGAAGGACCAGAGAGUAAGGCCUGGUAACUCAUGGCUGCAACCCUAGCUCUUGAGAAGGUAAGGCAGAAAGAUUGCUGCAAGUUGGAGGCCAACCUGGGCUGCAUAGUGAGUUCUGGGCCAGCGUGGCCUGUAGCAUUCAAUCCUGUUUCAAAAUAAAGAGGCCUAGGAUAUAGCACAGUGACUGGGUGUUCUCUCUCGGGUUUAGGGAGCAAACUAAACAGGAUCUGAUGAGUAAGCUAUGGUGGGAGGCGGGCACUGGGGUUGAGGGUUGAGGGCAGGAUGGACCCCAGCUGCCAACAGAGCUGGUCUCUCCAUCAUCGCAGACUGCCCUGGCUGGGUGUGGCCUGCUCCCCCAUGCAGGCCCUGUGUGUAUUUCAGAGGGAACUGAAGGAGCAGCUUCAAGCCCUUCAGGACAGCGAGCGUGAGCACACGGAGGCACUGCAGCUACUUAAGCGACAGUUGGCGGAGACCAAGUCCUCUACCAAGAGCCUGCGGACCACCAUCGGGGAGGCCUUUGAGCGGCUGCACAGGCUCCUGCGGGAGCGGCAGAAAGCCAUGCUGGAGGAGCUGGAGGCCGACACCGCCCGGACGCUGACCGACAUUGAGCAGAAGGUCCAGCGCUACAGCCAGCAACUGCGCAAGGUGCAAGAAGGUGCCCAGAUCCUGCAGGAGCGGCUGGCUGAGACCGACCGGCACACCUUCCUUGCUGGAGUGGCCUCCCUGUCUGAGAGGCUCAAGGGGAAGAUCCACGAAACCAACCUGACAUAUGAAGACUUCCCCACCUCCAAGUACACGGGCCCUCUGCAGUACACCAUCUGGAAGUCUCUUUUCCAGGACAUCCACCCAGUGCCAGCGGCCCUGACCCUGGACCCAGGCACUGCCCACCAGCGCCUGAUCCUGUCGGAUGACUGCACCAUCGUGGCCUACGGGAACCUGCACCCACAACCCCUGCAGGACUCACCGAAGCGUUUUGACGUGGAGGUGUCGGUGCUGGGCUCUGAAGCCUUCAGUAGCGGUGUCCACUACUGGGAGGUGGUGGUGGCAGAGAAGACCCAGUGGGUGAUUGGGUUGGCCCACGAGGCUGCGAGCCGCAAGGGCAGCAUCCAGAUCCAGCCGAGCCGCGGCUUCUACUGCAUUGUGAUGCAUGAUGGCAAUCAGUACAGUGCAUGCACGGAGCCCUGGACGCGGCUCAACGUCCGUGACAAGCUUGACAAGGUGGGUGUCUUCCUGGACUAUGACCAGGGCCUCCUCAUCUUCUACAAUGCCGACGACAUGUCCUGGCUCUACACCUUCCGAGAGAAGUUCCCUGGCAAGCUCUGCUCCUACUUCAGCCCUGGCCAGAGUCACGCCAAUGGCAAGAAUGUCCAGCCGCUGAGGAUCAACACUGUCCGCAUCUAGUCCGGGCUGAAGGAGACCAAAGCCUUCUGGGUCUGUGACCACCAGCAAGAGCCUUGCCCAGCAGACGGGAGCCUGGACUACUCAGGCCCACCGUGGCCACCCUGAGACCUCAGGCCGGUUGUUUAUCCCCCAGCCUCCUCUGCCCUGCCUGCGAGGCAGAGGUUGUGCUCCGUGGUUAAUGUCUUGUAGCUCUGAUAUUAAUGGGAUGUUACAUGGCUUCUUCCCAGGGCGUCCCUAGCCCAACCCCUCCUCCCUAUUCUCCCAACGACAGGGAAUUUCCCUCCUGCUCAGGCAACCAAGCCUGUUGACAGAUCAGAUGUGACCAAUAGCUAGCAGCCCAAAAGAUAUACAGAAUCCUCUUAUGCUUGUGGCCUAAGACGUGUCUUGCCCCUGACCAAGAGAGUAAUGGGUUGUUUUACUCUUGACCCAAGUGCACAGUAGACCCAGAUGGAAGCUGGUCCUAGGGAUGUCUAAGGGUCACCCUCUCCUGCCACCCCUGCACCAAGCCGAGAGCUGUGGCUUUUCUCCUCUCCCACUAAUCUGCAAGUCAGAGAUGAUGCUGUGGCAUGUGACAGGCAGUUCACACGGUACGGUCAUGGCACUACCUUCCAGUCCAUGGACUCUGGGGCAGGGUGAGGCAUAAGGACCCCGGAAACCAAUACAGAACACUGUCAGGACAAAGCAGAAAUGGACGAUACCGAUCCAAGUCCCCAGCUGCUUUGGGGACAGAGGUCCAACCAGCCCUCAUCAGUCAGGCCUCUAUGGCCCGCUGUGGGGACAGAGAGGGUGCUGGUAGCAGUUCUUGUCAUCAGGACCUGAAUCCCAGGAGAGCUGUCAGUGGGUACCACGUUGGACUUGACUCUGGUUCCCAUAGGAAUCUGAUGCACACACAAGAGCCACCUAAGUUGGCGUUAUCAGACAAGAACUCACAGUCAGCUUGCAAGAUCACUGGAAGGGCUGGAGGAGGAGAGCCUUGCUGAGUUUCCAGAGACAACUUCAAGCAGCUCAAGUGAUUGUGUCUGUGACCAGGAAAGCUGUUUCCAUUUGUGGGGAGCCCCUGCCUCUCAAGCUGCUCGGGGCGACCGUCCACUGUCCGUGCCAGCAAGUGAUUAUCCAAGCCUGCCUCUCUCUCAACUCAGGUCCCAAAUCUACAUCCUUUGGAGGGAUUCUUUCUGUGGAAACUUGAGUCAGAACCCAGAUUUUGACAGCAAAGAAAUCUGGGAAGUGUAGUUUUUUCUCUUCCAGCCUCAACCAUACAGAAAGUUAGCAUGGAGGUGGAGCAGGCCCAUCCACAAUUUCCUUACCACAACAUCCAACUGUGCAGAACUCAGGAGAAUAAAAGAAUCCACCUCAAGGCCUUGACUUUGAAGCAGAGCUGCUGAAGAUUUCCUGCUCCUUGGCUCUGUCCCUGCCUGUCCCUGCCCAGAGGCAACAAUCUCGGGAGUAGGUAGUAGUCAGAA